AUGGCAACGCAAUACCCCGAAGCCCGGGUCCUGGUCAUUAUGACCGGCGGCACGAUUUGCAUGAGGGCUUCUUCUCAAGGUCUGGUUCCGGCCCGGGGUUUUCUGAGGGAAGGGAUGGCUCCUAGGCCAAGCUUCAACGAUGGCUAUCAGCAAGGCCUCCGACCACUUAAUCAGAUUCACGCCCUGUUCUUACAUUACAAGCUAAUACCCCCAGAUCCCCUUCCAGUGAUGACAGACGCAACAACAAAGGAAUACCACCCCAGUCUUCGCACGCCACCCAGCACUUACUCUCGGCACGUUCGUUAUACACUGUAUGAGUUUCCCGUCCUCCUCGAUUCCUCUUCUAUCUCAUCUGAAGGCUGGACGCAAAUCGCAACCACGAUUCAAAACAACUACUCCCUGUUCGAUGGCUUUGUCGUCCUCCACGGUACAGACAGUCUUGCAUACACCUCCUCGGCGCUGUCUUUCAUGCUCUCCCACCUCGGCAAGCCCAUCAUCCUAACUGGCUCGCAAGCCUCUAUCUUCUCACUCCAGUCCGAUGCCGUCGAUAACCUGCUUGGAUCUCUGAUUCUGGCAGGCACCUUCACGAUACCCGAGGUCUGCCUUUUUUUCCACCACAACCUGUAUCGCGGGAACCGCUGCACCAAAGUCUCCGCCUCUUCCUUCGAUGCCUUUGCCUCCCCGAAUUGCGAACCACUCGCCAAAGUCUCCGCCAUGGGCGCCGAAGUCAAUUGGGCUUUAGUUCGCCGUCCAAAAAGCCUCGCCAAGUUCGACGUACAGACAAAUCUGGACACAGCACACGUGGCAUGUCUCCGUAUCUUCCCUGGUAUCAAACCUGAGAUGCUUGACUCCGUUCUCCACGUUCCUAAACUCCGCGGGUUGAUCCUCGAAACUUUCGGCGCAGGCAAUGCACCCUCGGGAGCAGAUGGUAGUAUGGUUCGCGUCAUCAAAUCCGCCGUGGCGCGCGGGAUAGUCAUAGUGAAUGUCUCUCAAUGCCAGUCCGGCUCCGUGUCACCCCUUUACGCUCCAGCCACAACACUUGGAGACGCCGGUGUUGUCUUCGGACACGACCUCACGACUGAAGCAGCACUGACCAAACUCUCCUUCUUACUUGCACUUCCCGGCCUCUCGUACACUGACAUCACCUCGCAAAUGCAGUUUUCGAUCCGUGGCGAAAUGACCGAGUCCCAUAGCAUGGCAUUCUCGCACCCAGGUACGGAUAUCCCGUCGCUUCAAGAGUCGCAGGCUGCCUUCACCACGUUGGGAUACGCUAUCACCAAGGGCUCCUUGGAGACGGUCAAGACGCUACUGAAUGGUGAUAAAUUUGGUCUUCUGGGAGCCAGAGAUUACGCGGAGAAUACCGCGCUGCAUCUCGCAGCUGUCGGCCCACAGAUCGAGGUCUUGAGGGAGCUGCUGAAGAGAGGUGCCAGUGUGCAUGCUCGCAAUCUGGCCGGGAAUACACCACUGUACCUCGCAACCAAAGUAGGCAACUCGGUGGCUGUGAGGCUGCUCGAAGAGACCGGCGCGUUAUUGCAUGUCGAAGAAGUAGAGGAGGGUAUGGUAUGUCUCGAUAAUCGACGAGAGACUGGUGAAGUAGGAGAUGGCAAACGAAAGCGGCUGUCUUGA